CCGCAUAUGCAAGACGUGGCAAAUCUGACAUUCGAGCAAGUCGGCACCUCUGAUCCAAGGCUUUUGCACCUGCUAACAAACAUGAUUACCUCGUUCUUCUAUCAAUUUUUCGCAUACCUUGGUCGGUGACAUUUCCCAAGCAGAACUCUUUUGUCCGUCAACAUGGCAACCUUCAGACCCUUCGCAGAACUGAUAGCGCGGCAACAAACAUCCAGUGCCACGCCGGCGUGUGCCGUAGGCAACGAGUACGAUGGGCGUGUUGGUCUACGGGUGGCCGCCCUCUUCAUCAUCUGGAUUACAAGUUCAUUAGGCGCGGUGUUCCCAAUAUGGGCAAGGCGAAAAGGAGGGCUUAGUGUGCCUGACUGGGUGUUCUUCGUUUGCAAGCACUUCGGCGGAGGUGUGAUCGUGGCAACGGCAUGGAUUCACUUGCUGGCCCCGGCAGAGGACGCCCUGAGAAAUAGCUGCCUAGCUGGGGUCAUAACGGAGUAUCCUUGGGUUGAAGCCAUUGUUCUUCUUACUAUGUUCUUGCUGCUUCGGGUGGAAUUGCUGGUCACAAGAUACGGGAAUUUUGGCGGCAGACAAGACCAUGAUCAUGAUCACGACCAAGUCCAUGUCCAUGACAACACAGAACCACAUACACUCGAGGCGACCGCCAGUGCUAAGCCGGACACAAGCCAGAUCGCACCAUCUGAGAAGCUCGAACCGCCUGUGGUCGAUCAAACAACGCUCGACCAAUUUGAACCUCCAAGCAGUCACGCACCUGGUGAGAAACACAACGACAUCGAAUCUGCGUCAAGCCCAUUCAGUCUCGAAGACUAUAAAGCCCAGAUGACCGCCAUCUUCAUCCUCGAAUUUGGGGUCAUCUUCCACAAUGUGUUCAUCGGUCUGACUCUUGCUGUCUCAGGAAAGGAGUUUGACACGCUUUUCAUCGUUAUUGUCUUCCACCAAAUCUUCGAAGGCCUCGGCCUUGGGUCAAGACUAGCAACUACGCCAUGGUCGAAAAAUUCCAGGUGGACGCCGUAUAUGCUAGCACUCGGUUAUGGACUCAGCACGCCCAUAGCCAUCGGCAUUGGACUGGGUGUCCGGAAGAGCUACCCUCCUGGAGCUCAGACGACCCUCAUCGUGAACGGCAUAUUCGACUCCGUGUCAGCAGGUGUGUUGAUAUAUACUGGACUCGUCGAGCUCAUCGCGCACGAGUUCUUGUACAGCAGCACGAUGAAAAAAGCGAAGGCUUGGACAGUCGAAGCAGCCUUUCUGACAAUGUGCCUAGGAGCGUUGGUGAUGGCACUUUUGGGACGGUGGACUUGAAGUGCUCAGGUGUGCGGUGCAGAUCCAGAAACAGGACUCUGAGACCGAGUCUUGUACCAUCCUCAAUCAUAUUGCAAGUUGCUCAGUCUUUGGUGAUAGGGGUAAUUAAAUCGUCAAAGCUGCAGGCCAUGACCUGGGCAAUACCGAAUAAUGUCUGAUGCUUCGCGAUGUCGUUCUCGUAUUGCUAUCCAGGCUUCAUGUGAAGAUAUCUUGACAAUCGUCUGAAUAACCUAAGCCGUUCCCCAAUAGUCAUC